CCCCUUCCGUCUGACGCGCCCUCGGCGGCGGCCGCGCAGCCCUGGCUCCUCGCGGGCUCGGGCAGCGGCUGCGGCGCGGUGAUGGCAAGCAGCGGUGGCGGUAACACCGGCGCGGGUGGCACCUCGGGGCUGGGCCUGGGCUUGGGGCUGGGCCUCAGCAUGGGUGAGGCCACCGGCGACGCGGAGGAGGAGGCGGCCGCAGCCGAGGCAGUGGGACGCCUGGCUACGUCCCUGUGGCUGCGGCUCCGUGGCUGGGAGGCGGUGCUGGCGGCUGCACAGCGACUGCUGGUAUGGGAGAAGCCGCUGCACAGCCUGGUCACGGCGGCCACACUCAACGGCCUCUUCUGGUUGUUGUCUUCGUCGUCCCUUCGGCCCUUCUUCCUGCUCAGCAUAUCACUUUUGACCUAUUUUCUCCUGGAUCUCUGGCAUCCUCGCUUUCUCCCUGACGUUUCAGCACCACCCCCUGAAGAACCGCACUCCGACAGUGAGGGUGCGGGGUCAGGCGCCCAGCCGCACCUGCUGAGUGUGCCCGAGUUGUGCAGAUACCUGGCUGAGAGCUGGCUCACCUUCCAGAUUCACCUGCAAGAGCUGUUGCAGUACAAGAGGCAGAAUCCAGCUCAGUUCUGUGCUCGAGUCUGUUCUGGCUGUGCUGUGCUAGCUGUGUUGGGACACUAUGUUCCAGGAAUUAUGAUUUCCUACAUUGUCUUGCUAAGUAUCCUGCUGUGGCCCCUGGUGGUUUAUCAUGAAUUGAUCCAGAGGAUGUAUACUCGCCUGGAGCCCUUGCUCAUGCAGCUGGACUACAGUAUGAAGGCAGAAGCCGAUGCCCUGCACCACAAACAUGACAAGAGAAAGCGGCAAGGGAAGAAUGCACCCCCAGCAGGAGAUGAGCCACUGGCAGAAACAGAGAGUGAAAGCGAGGCAGAGUUGGCUGGCUUCUCUCCAGUGGUGGAUGUGAAGAAAACAGCCCUGGCCUUGGCUAUUACAGACUCUGAGCUGUCAGAUGAGGAGGCCUCUAUCUUAGAGAGCGGUGGUUUCUCUGUCUCUCGGGCCACCACCCCACAACUGACAGAUGUUUCUGAGGAUUUGGACCAGCAGAGCCUACCAAGUGAGCCAGAAGAGGCUCUGAGCCGGGAACUAGGGGAGGGGGAGGAGACAGAGCUGGCCCCUCCUGAAGACCUGCUAAGUGCUCCUCCGGCCCUCUCGAAGCAAGCCCUGGAUACUGAAGAGGAGGGGGCUGCAGACAAGGAAACCUUGCUUCAGCUCUCAUCCCCGCUUCACUUUGUGAAUACGCACUUCAAUGGGGCAGGGUCCCCCCAGGAAGGAGUGAAAUGCCCUCCUGGAGGACCAGUGGAGACCCUGAGCCCAGAGGCAGUGAGUGGUGACCUAAUGGCUCCAUCCAGCACCCUCUCACCCCAACUAUGCCUUCCUGAAAGUGGUCCAGUUACCCUCCUCUCUCCCUCUGUGCUCCCAUCCCUUCCCCAGGACUCACCUCAAGCCCUGACUGCUCCUGAGGAGGAAGAGGCACUCACCACUGAGGACUUUGAGUUGCUGGAUCAGGGGGAGCUGGAGCAGCUGAAUGCAGAGCUGGGCUUGGGACCAGAGAUGCCCCCAAAGCCCCCUGAUGCUCUGCCUCCUCCUCCCCUGGGGCCAGACAGCCAUUCUCUGGUACAGUCAGACCAAGAGGCUCAUGCAGUGGUUGAGCCAUGAGCCAUGGCAGAAUGAGCUGCAGGCACACUAGGGCUUCCUGACUAGGCAUGUCACAUUUUCUCCUCUCCCUACCAGUCCGGGGAGAGAGGCACUGUGUGGGAAAGCUGGCUGUCCUGGAAGCCAGCCCACUCUGCCUGCCUGCCUGCUGUCCUGGGACCUGGUAUAAUACCAAGCCCAGGAUUGGUUUUAUGUCUGUAAAUAAUUUUCCAUUUGGGUUAGUGGACGUGAUGAAGGCUAGGGACAUCCUUCCUAGCCUGCAGUUGCUUCCCUGCCUCAUCCCUUCUCAUUCUACUGUGUCCCAAGCCCUGGUGGUCUACCUUUUCCUUUUCUUCCUAUCCUCAGGGACCUGUGCUGCUCCACCCUCAUGUCCCACUUGGUUGUUUAGUUGAGGCACUUUAUAAUUUUCUCUACUGUCCCACCUCCCCUUGGCUAAGACCCUGCUGUGUCCUGUCCUUCGCAGCCUGAUCCCCACUCUUUGCCACCUCCUCUUUUCUCACAGGCGCUGGCCAAGUUUUAGGGCAGGUUCUCUUCUGAGGAGACUGGGUGGUGUCAGGCCAGCAGUGCUGUGCUUGGGUCACUGUCACCUUGAACCUGCACUGUACCUUGCCCAGUUCAACCCUCAUGAUGCAGAACAGCAGGGUCCCAUAGCACUUUGCCAGCACUGAGGAUGGCAUGUUCUCUCUCCUUUUGAGGUGAGGGACUUCCUUCUGUAUUAGAGAGGAAGAACAAAACCUACUCGUCUGGACCACAGUUGAGACUCCCAGCCAGGGUCUAAAGUGGAUAGUAAGAUCUCUCUGUAGGUGUUAACUGGAAAAAUAAACUGUUGAUUGGCUAGAACCGCUGCCUGUCUGCCUGCUUGUCUCACUGUGAGCUGUGCUGACUCCCACACUGCACUUUGUCCCCUUCUCUCCCUUAUGCCCUUCAUCCCAGUACAGCCUCUCUUGGUUACUUUCCCUGUAAAAGCCAGAGGCAGGGAUUAUCCUGACAACCCUACCUACUCCUCAGUCAUCUUCCGUGACUGAUCCACAGUGAGAUUUAGCAUGUGUGAAUAAAUUACAUGCUGGAGCAAA